UCAGGCUCCCAUGGCGUCACUAUUGACGUCUCGCAUUCCAGUCGCUCUAUGGAGAGGCCGCUAGGGCUCCUCUCACAUAAAUGACGUUCAGAGAGAGGGAGAGGGAGAGAGCAGCAGCAGAGGAGUCUCCUUCCUCUCUCCUCACACACACAGAGAAAGAGAGAGAGACCCAGAGAGAGACAGAGGCAGAUCUCUAUCACUGAGCCAGCGCAUAUAAACAAAGGCACAUUGCUGCAGCUGGCUGAUCAUCACUCACUCUCUCUCACACACGCUCCACUCCGGAGCACCACCAGCAGCAGCAGGCUGCUCUCAGCUCCUGGUCUCUCAAGCUUCUGUAAUCCUUUCCCAUGACUCGGGAUAACGCAGCCUCCAGAGAUACAGCCUCCAAGAACCUCUUGGGUUUGCCUUUUAUAAUUUUGCCACUGGACGGAGCCUACAUGCACAUUUAAGGAAAUAGGCAUUUACAAACUAGAUGUAAAGACGGAACCGCCACAGCAAUCAAAGCCCGGUUCGGAAGAGCGCCCCACGCUGAGUCCCGGCUCCAAACCCGGCCCCGCAGACCGGUCCCAGCCAGCCCGCAUUCCGCCUCCUCCUGCAGCCUCCGCCGUCCAGACAACCAGCCCCACCAUUCAGCGAGCAAGAUACCCUCCAGAUAUGCCCUGUGUGCAAGCCCAGUAUAGCCCUUCACCUCCUGGUUCGAGUUAUGCAGCUCAGACCUACGCAUAUGGCUCAGAGUACAGCUCGGAGAUCAUGAAUCCUGACUACACCAAACUGACCAUGGACCUGAGCAGCACCGAGAUCACUGCCACCGCCACCACCUCCCUGCCCAGCUUCAGCACCUUCAUGGAGGGUUACUCUGGCAGCUAUGAGCUCAAGCCCUCCUGCCUGUACCAAAUGCAAUCUGCUUCCUCCAGCCAGAGGCCCCUAAUAAAAAUGGAAGACAGCCGGCUACAUAGUUACCACUCCUCACUGCCCCCCUCCACAGAUGAAGGGAUGCCCAGCACCUCCAUGUACUUCAAGCAGUCCCCGCCUUCCACGCCCACCACUCCUGGAUUCCCUUCUCACCAGGCCUCCAUGUGGGACGAACCCCCACAUCCGCUGCAGCCUGCACAGACCUGCAUGGCCCCCAGCCACUUGAUGGACUCUGCCCCUAUGAAGACUGUGCCCACCCGCUUCCCUCUCUUCCACUUCAAGCACUCGCCACCCCACACGCCUGCAGCUGGUGCCCACAUGUGCUAUGACCCUGCUGCCCUAAGCCUGCCUCUGGGAUCUGACAGACCCACUGCCGGUCAAGCCACUAUGGAGAACCAUCCUUAUGGGCUUCCCCUGGCCAAAAGAGCAGCCGCCUUAGCCUUCUCGCCACUGGGCCUCAAUGCAGCCACUUCCAGCCUGUUGGGCGAGAGCAGUGGCAGCAGCAGUGGCCUGCCUUCCCCGCCCAGCAGGAGCUCCUCAUCUGGAGAAGGCACUUGCGCUGUGUGCGGGGACAAUGCUGCCUGCCAACACUAUGGGGUACGGACAUGCGAGGGGUGCAAGGGCUUCUUUAAGAGAACAGUUCAGAAAAAUGCAAAAUAUGUUUGUUUGGCAAAUAAAAACUGUCCAGUGGAUAAGAGACGUCGUAACAGAUGCCAGUACUGCCGCUUUCAGAAGUGUCUCAGUGUCGGCAUGGUUAAAGAAGUUGUCCGUACUGAUAGCCUGAAAGGGAGAAGAGGUCGGCUGCCUUCCAAACCAAAGAGCCCUUUACAACAGGAACCUUCCCAGCCCUCCCCACCUUCUCCUCCAAUCAGUAUGAUGAAUGCCCUGGUCCGCGCUUUAACUGACUCCACACCCCGAGAGCCUGAUUAUUCCAGAUACUGUUCCACUGACCAGGCUGCCGCAGGCACAGAUGCAGAACAUGUACAACAGUUCUAUAAUCUUCUGACUGCCUCCAUUGACAUAUCCAGGGGCUGGGCGGAAAAAAUUCCAGGAUUUACUGAUCUCCCAAAGGAAGAUCAGACGUUACUCAUAGAAUCAGCUUUUUUGGAGCUGUUUGUACUAAGACUCUCCAUCAGAUCCGAUACUGCUGAAGAUAAGUUUGUAUUCUGCAAUGGACUUGUGCUUCAUAGACUUCAGUGCCUUCGUGGAUUUGGGGAGUGGCUCGAGUCAAUUAAAGACUUUUCAUUAAAUUUACAGAGCCUUAACCUUGAUAUCCCAGCCUUAGCAUGUUUAUCAGCUCUAAGUAUGAUUACAGUACGACAUGGAUUAAAAGAACCAAAGAAAGUGGAAGAGCUAUGCAACAAGAUCACUAGCAGCUUAAAAGAUCACUUAGCUUUCAGCUGCCAAAACAAAGGACAGCCACUUGAGUCUGCAGAGCCUAAAGUACUAGGUGUUCUUGCUGACUUGCGUUCUCUCUGCACACUGGGACUGCAGCGCAUCUUUUACCUGAAACUGGAAGAUUUGGUGCCACCCCCUUCCAUUAUUGACAAGUUGUUUCUGGAUACCCUACCUUUCUGAGUCUCAAAUUACCCUCAUGAAAGGCUAAUGCCCACCAGAGCAGGCAAAUGGAUUGUGACUUACUGCUAACAUUUCUGCCCUCGCAUAACAGAAAAGCAACUCCAGCCCUAAAAUGAGGACUUUUCAGACGCUUUUUCCUUGCAAACUAAGGCCUAAAAUUUAAUGGCUUACUAUUUCGGGGUUGUGCUCUUGUUUUUGUUUAUUUUUUGUGUGAUUAGGGUUUUUUUACAAAUUGCUAAUAAGCCACUUUUGGACAAUGCUAUCCCAGCAGUAAAAGGUUAACAAGACUGUUUUAAAUCUAUUGUGUUUAACACCUCGUCAUAUAUGGGGAAUACAAAUGUAGAAGCUGUGUUUGAAAACAAGAACAACAAAUAGUUGUUUGCCAGGGUAGUAUGUGUUUUGUGAUGAUACCUUUAGCAUACUUCCUGUAUCAAGGGCACACAUAUUGGCACAAACUAAACAAAAGUUCACUUUUUUUAACAAAGUACAUUCAACUGAAUAUUUCGUAUAAAUCAGAUAUAGCAAAAUGACAAUGGCUGUUAGCUCCCAUGUUCAAGUGCAAUUUUUUAAAGUGCUGUCUUACUAAGUCUUGUUUAUUAACUAAUUUAUUUUAAUAUGAAAAUCAAAUUGAAGAAAUCAAGUGAGAAGAUUACAUGCACUAACUUACACGACAAAGUUUCCCAAACUUGAAUCCAUGUAGUGUGACUUACUGACAAAUGUAUGUGGAAGACACAGGGACAAUUUGUGAUUCAGUUGAGCACUUGUUCCUUAGAUAAGGAAGUAAAAGUAAGUAGUGAUUGGAACGCACAGGGUCAGCAUCAGGGAUAGUUAAGUUUUAGAUUUAAUCUAGUAACAAGUUAGUAAACAGACACAAGACGGUUUUGAAGAACAAGCAAGUCUUGUAAAAUAGUAUGAAUGUAAGAGCUAGGAAGGCUAUAGUGGGCUGCGUUUAAACAUUCCGUGUUCGUACUCCUUUUUUGUAUGUUUAUACUGUUGAUGCCAUAUUAAUAUGAAAUAAUUUGUUGCAUAGUGUCUUUAUUUGUAUAAACGUUUGUAUGCAUGGUAUAUUGUAAUGGCUUUGCCUGUAUUUAUUGCAAUGACUGCCAGCUCAUGGGAGCCGUGUUACACAAAGUAACUAAAUGGGGUGUUCACACUGACUCAGAUACACCAGUUAGAGAACUAUAUAUAUAUGUGUGUGUGUAUAUAUACAUAUAAAUAUGUGUGUGUGUAUAUAUACAUAUAUAUAUAUAUACAUAUAUACAUAUGUGUGUGUGUGUCUUUUUAUUAACCAUUUGUAUAUAAAAUAUCUGUCACUUCACAAGCAAAGUUAUUUUACAGUUUAUUUGCAGUGACUUUUAAGGCAGUACUGUUUAGCACUUUGAUAUUAAAAUCUUGCUCAUGUUUUGCUAAAUUCAAAUAAUAUUUAAAUAUUUUAGUUCUAAAAAAACAUUAUAUGCACUGUAUUAAGUCAAAAUUUUGUUGAUCAUUUUGCUAAGAAAUUUUUUUUGAAUGUCAACCUGAUGUCACUGUAUCUUUUGUUAGCUUUAAACAUUCUAGCUUUUUGUCUUUUUUUUUAAACUAUGCUGUUUAUAUGGAAAUUAAAUUAUACUAUCAAACAGAUGCCAAAUGAAUUGCCUAAUUGCUGCAACAGAUAACCCAGAUAUCAAAUCAUUGUAUUGUUUUCAAGUAGUCAUCUGGUAUUUGAUCACUUAUUAUGUUUGGAUGUGCUUUUAUGAAAAUUAUUCUUAUAUCAAGAUUUCUAGUAGUGUCAAUAGGAAAACAGACUUCUAAUCACUAUAGUCAAUAUUUCCAGUUUACCUGAAGAUAAUAUUUGGAAGCGUUUUACUUUUAGUAUUGACUUUUAAGCUUAUGUGCAAACAUAAUAGUAUAAUUAAAUAUCAGAGAAGCUAAAAUUUCUUGUAGGUUGGUGUCAGAUGCCUGAUCUGCAAGACAAAUCCAUUUUGACUGAAUUUGAAAUUUUGUAUAUAAUUUGUACACAAACGCGCACACACACACACACUAGACAUCCAAAAGUGUGUUUACUUCUGUCCCUUUGUGUAAAACAAGAUGCCUAAACACCGUUGAGGAUCUGGGCCAAGGUCCCUUGAGAAAUCAUCUUUAUUUCAGGACAAAUCCUGAAAGCUGCGGAGCAUUCUUAGUUCCAAGCUGAGGACUUUCAGCACUUCAUGGGACUGGGCCCUCAAAAAGUAUUUUCACACGAAUCAGCAUCGUUUUUCUAGGAACAAGAUACGUUUACUAGGAAGCCUGUUUUUGAUGGUAGCCGGUCCAGAGCCCUAUGUUAGACUUCAUGUCGCCAAUGUGCUUCAGUUUUCCAUAGACGUUCUUUAUUGUGAUACUCUCCAACAUCAUGUAAUCUGUGGAAUAUCCUUCACAUUUAUUUAAAUUCACAAAAUUUAUUUGUGCAGUAUGAUCAAUGACGGAUCAUGAUAGCAAAAGAAAGAAUUAAAGAAGAUUAGCCUACUACUUUUGUUCGAGCUCUCUCAGUGUGAACAUGCCUUUUUGCAGGCUGAAUUCAGGAAUAUAUCAGCUGUUAGAGGAGAGUGCCUUGCUUUUAUUUCAGACAACAGAGUAUUUCAAAAGUUUCUCUGCUCUUCUAACAGCAGUGUGGGUUUUUUGGUUUUUGUUAAGCUGUGGGUUGAAAGAAAUGCUCUUGUACAUAUACAAUGUAAAUUAAAAACUAUUAAAUUGAAUAACAUUUUU